AUGGCGACCAAAGGUUCUGUCCUGCUCAUUGGCCCCGGCUUCAUCGGCCUCCAAAUCUUGGGAGAGCUCAUAGCUGAGGGAUACCCUGUGACCACAUUAGUACGAAGGGAGGAGGCACGGGCGAAUCUUGAAAAGCUCGGUUCCAAGACCAUUCUCGGCUCGCUAGACGACAGCGAAGUCAUCCGCAACGCGACAGCGGAUGCCGAUAUUGUCAUCCAUACCGCUACUGCUGACCAUCUACCCUCCGCUGCUGCAAUACUGGAUGGUAUCCAAGAUCGUGCCAAAGCGGGCAAGACUUCUAUCUAUAUCCACACCAGCGGCUGCAGUGCCAUUACUGAUGGAGGAAACGGUGACUACGAAAGCCAAAUGAUCUAUCAGGACGACAAGCCCGAAACUAUCGACAGCAUUGCGGACGACGCCCCGCAUCGUUCUGUUGAUCUUGCGAUUGUGAAGGCCCGUACCGAGCUUGGCGCCAAAGCAAAGAUAUCCAUUAUCCUCCCACCUGUCAUCUAUGGGAAAGGAAAAGACAACCGUCUCUCGAUCCAGAUUACUACAAUGGCUCGGUUUGCUGUCAAGCAUGGAUACGCCGGAUACGUUGGGGGUGGCAACGCUGUUUGGGGCCAGAUCCACGUCGCAGACCUGGCCAGAGGAUACAUGACUAUCCUGCAUUAUAUGGAGUCUACUUCCGGAGACAAGGUCCUCGAAAACCCAUACUUCUUUGUGGAGAACGGGGACGAGUCAUCAUGGAUGGAAUGCGCUGAAAAGAUCGGUCAGGCGCUCAAGGAUAUGGGGCAGAUUCCAACAUCCCUCUACAAUGACCUCUUCGGAGAGUGGUCUCUAGCGGUUGUUGGUAGAAACGCUAGAAACCGUGCAAACAGAUUGCGCGCUCUUGGCUGGAAGCCGCGAGAAAAGUCUACCUUCGAUUCUCUUGUCACCGAUGAGUUACCUAUUAUAUUGGCAGAGACCUCUGAGUUCAAAGGUUAUAGUGCUCCUGUGGCGUCUUAA